AAAGAAACACACACAAACAUUUAAAAAAAAAAAAUCUAUACAAAUAGAAUUAUUUUUCUCUAUCAAAAAUAAAAAUAAAAAUUGAAUCUUGAAAAAUGUUGUGUGUGUAACCGUGUUUUAACUUACUCUUUGAAUCUUUCUUCUUGUCUUGUACUCUUCUAAAUUGUUUUGUUUUUUUUAGAAUAUGGAAGAUCAAACAACAAGUAUUUCUUCCAUGGACAAAAUUCUGGAAUAAAUCAUCUUGUUGUGUUGCUUCUCAUUACAGUAGAAGACAAGUUCAAUACAACAAAUAUUAACAGAAGAAACAAUCAGAAAAGGACAUUCCAUAAAUCAUGAAUACUUCUUCUUCAAUCAUUUUCAAAUUUGUUGCUUUCCUUGUUAUUUUUUCUUCAUUUAGUACUCAUGUUUUGUCUACUCUCCAAGCAAAUCAAACAUUCAGGCCAAAGGAAGAAUUGUUGAAACUCAAGAAAAUAAAGGGUUAUCUCAAGAAAAUCAACAAGCGUCCUGUCAGAACGAUUAAGAGUCCAGAUGGAGAUUUAAUAGAUUGUGUUUUAUCUCAUCUUCAACCAGCUUUUGAUCAUCCUCAACUUAAAGGAAUGAAGCCAUUGGAACCUCCAAAGAGGCCUAAAGCUAAUGAAUCAAUGAAUAUAAUGGAAGAAAGUUUACAACUUUGGACAGUAUCUGGAGAAUCAUGCCCAGAAGGAACUGUUCCUAUUAGGAGAACAACAGAGAAAGAUGUAUUGAGAAGUAAUUCAUUAAGAAGAUUUGGUAGAAAAAUUAGAAGAGGUGUUAGACAUGACACAUCAAGCAAUGACCAUGAGCAUGCAGUAGCAUUUGUGAAUGGAGAACAAUAUUAUGGAGCAAAAGCAAGUAUUAAUGUAUGGACACCAAGAGUUACAGAUCAAUAUGAAUUCAGUCUGUCACAACUAUGGGUCAUUUCUGGUUCAUUUGGUAAUGAUCUUAAUACCAUUGAAGCUGGUUGGCAGGUCAGCCCGGAAUUAUACGGAGACAACUAUCCUAGGUUCUUUACUUAUUGGACGACGGAUGCAUACCAAGCUACAGGAUGUUACAACUUAUUAUGCUCAGGUUUUGUUCAAAUAAAUAAUAGAAUUGCUAUGGGAGCUGCAAUAUCUCCAAGAUCAUCAGUUAAUGGUAGACAAUUUGAUAUUGGCAUAAUGAUAUGGAAGGAUCCAAAGCAUGGACACUGGUGGCUAGAAUUCGGGUCGGGUCUAUUAGUUGGAUACUGGCCAGAUUUCUUGUUUAGCCAUUUAAGAGGACAUGCAAGUAUGGUACAAUUUGGAGGUGAAGUAGUGAAUUCAAGAUCAAUGGGGUAUCACACUUCAACACAAAUGGGAAGUGGACAUUUUGCUGAUGAAGGAUUUGGAAAAGCUUCUUAUUUUAGAAAUUUGCAAGUUGUUGACUGGGAUAAUAACUUGAUUCCUUUGUCAAAUCUUCAUCUAUUAGCUGACCAUCCAAAUUGCUAUGAUAUUAGAGCUGGAAAAAAUAAUGUUUGGGGUAAUUAUUUUUACUAUGGUGGUCCUGGAAGAAGUUCAAGGUGUCCAUAAUGGAAAAGGAGUGCAAUUAAUUUCAUUUUGGUCUUGUAGAGUGUCCUAUUUUUAAUUUUUUGGUCUUUUGUGUCCCUAUUUUGACCUAGGAUUUUAGAAGGGUUUGGGUCAUUUCUAUGAUUCUUUCACAUAAAAAUCUUGGUUUGCUUAGAAAUUUACUUAUUUGACCAUUAUAAGCUGAUGUAAAUUUUUUGGUGAAAAGUUGAUAGUAUCGAUUUACAAUCUA